AUGCCGAUGAUCACCUCGGUCGAAACACAGGCGAAACACCCCGCAACUAUUGCAACUCAAAAGCUGAAGAUCAUCAAGAUGAGCACAAAUUCAACAGGCUUUGGGACUGGGAACCUACACGAGUCCGCCGAUUACCCCCUCUCGGCUCCUGCUUAUGCGGGGCUACUGCAGGAGGCCAUCACAUAUGCCCCUGAAGACAUCUCGGCUGUGACAUGGAGUUCGGCGCUCGAGCCUGUGCGACAAGAUAUCGAGAUUGGAAAAAUUAUAAAAUUGCGCCCCUGA